AUGAAUUUAUUUGUAGUGCUGGUGUUUUUGAUGCCAUUGCAGGUGUUGAACAAUAGUCCUACUGUUCAAUGUUUCAUGAGAAAUCUUCUUCCAAUUCUGCACCAAUAUUAUCACCCAGGAGACCUCAUCAUUGCAGGCAUUAUGUCUCAGGUCCGCACAUUUUUAAAUGCCAUCACCUUCGAAAAGCAUCCAUCUAAGGAACUUUCUGAUGACCAUACGUUUUUGACACAGACCUAUCAGCACAUCAUGGCUCUGGCAUUUGCUGUCAAGGAGAUCAAUGAAAAUCCCCAGCUCCUACCCAAUGUCACUCUGGGCUUCCACAUCUUGAAUAGUCAUUUCAGUGCAAGCUGGACUUAUCAAGCCUCCAUGGAACUUCUCUCCAGCCAGAGCAGAUUCAUCCCCAACUACAAGUGUGAUGCUGAAAACACUCCAGUAGGAGUUAUUGGGGGACCAACCUCCAAUGUUUGUCUACAUAUGACAACCAUCCUCAGUAUCUACAAAAUUCCACAAAUCAUAUAUGGUUCUGCUCCAGUAAUGAAUGACAGAACCCAAGCUGUUUUCUUCCACCAGAUGUUCCCAAAUGGGACCCAUCAAUAUGAGGGGAUUCUCCAGUUACUGUUGCAUUUCAGGUGGAUAUGGGUUGGAGUGGUUUCUCAGGAUGAGGAGAAUACAGAGAGAUUUGUAGAAAACGUGAUCCCCAUGUUUUCUGAGAGAGGCAUCUGCUUUGACUUCAUAGAAAGAUUCCCCAAAAUAAGUUUUUCGAGCAACGUUGGUGACCUGAUGACAGAAGCCUUUGAAUCAUUCAGCAUUCUUAUGCAGAGCAGUGCCAAUGCUGUUGUUAUUCAUGGAGAAAUUCAUGACACUAUAACAUUUAGAUUAAUUCCUUGGGGUGCAGAAUUUGUAGGUAUGCCAAUGAAGUCCAAAGUUUGGGUGAUGACAGCUCAGAUGGAGUUCACAUCACUUCCGUUUCAAAGAAGUUUGAGCAUACAGUUCCUCCAUGGUGCCCUAUCCUUCACAACUCACUCAAAGGAGGUGUUGGGAUUCCAUAGGUUUCUUCAGAUGAGGAACCCUAAUUCAGAAAAAGAAGAUGGCUUCAUUGAGGAUUUCUGGAAACAGGCAUUUAACUGUUAUUUUCCCAAGAAUGGCUUAGAAGAGAUGGAGAGGAAAAUCUGCACAGGGGAGGAGAAGCUAGAGACUCUUCCUGGAUCUGUUUUUGACAUAAGUAUGACUGGCUUCAGCUACAGCAUCUACAAUGCAAUCUAUGCUGUGGCACACACUUUGCAUGGCAUGCAUUUGUUCAGAUUCAAUCACCUAAAAUUGGCAGUUAGAGAGAGACGCAGGUUCCUGAAUAUAGAAUCAUGGCAGCUCCAACGUUUUCUGCAAAGUGUCUAUUUUAACAACAGUGCUGGCGAACCAGUUUAUUUCAACAAAAAUGGUGAAAUAGUAGCUGCUUUUGAUAUUCUCAACUGGGUCACAUUCCCUAAUGAGUCCUUUCACAGAGUCAGAGUUGGAAGGAUGAACCCCAUUGGUCCCUCAGAGAAUGUAUUCACAAUUCAAGAGGAUGCCAUCAUGUGGCCCAGCAGGUUUAACCAGGCAUUACCUCAUUCACUCUGUAAUGAUAACUGCUAUCCAGGCUAUAGGAGGACCAAGAAGGAAGGGGAGCCAUUUUGCUGCUAUGAUUGCCUUCCAUGCCCAGAGGGGAAGAUCUCCAACCAGAAUGACAUGGAUGACUGUUUUCAAUGCCCAGAAAAUCAAUAUCCAAAUUACAACAAGGACACAUGCAUGCCCAAAAGUAUAAGCUUCCUAUCUUAUGAAGAUCCUUUGGGAAUCAGCUUGGCCCUAUUUGCUCUGGCCUUUUCUUUCAUCACAGCUUUAGUGUUGGGGAUCUUCAUUAAGCACAAGGACACUCCAAUCAUCAAAGCCAACAACUGCAGCCUCACCUACAGUCUUCUCAUUGCCCUCCUGCUCUGCUUCCUUUGCACUUUGCUAUUCAUUGGUCGACCUGAGAAAGUGGUGUGUAUCCUUCGACAAACUGCUUUUGGCAUCAUUUUCUCAGUGGCAGUUUCGUGUAUUUUGACCAAAACCACCAUUGUGGUUGUUGCUUUUAUGGCCACCAGGCCAGGAUCCAACAUGAGGAAAUGGGUGGGGAAAAGACUGGGGACCAACAUGGUUCUUUCCUGCUCCUUUAUUCAAGCUGCUAUUUGUAUUGUGUGGCUGGCAACCUCUCCUCCAUUCCCAGAUUUUGACACACACUCAAUGACUGAAGAACUUGUGCUAGAAUGUAAUGAAGGGUCCACUAUCAUGUUCUACUGUGUCUUGGGUUAUAUGGGCUUCCUGGCCACUGUCAGCUUCACUGUGGCGUUCCUAGCCAGGAAGUUACCAGAUUCCUUUAAUGAAGCCAAAUUCAUCACCUUCAGCAUGUUGGUCUUCUGCAGUGUGUGGCUUUCCUUUGUUCCAACCUACCUGAGCACUAAAGGAAAAUACAUGGUGGCCGUGGAGAUCUUCUCCAUUUUAUCUUCCAGUGCUGGUUUACUGAGUUGCAUCUUUCUCCCCAAAUGCUAUAUCGUUUUGUUGAGACCUGACUUAAACAAGAGAGAGCAGCUUAUAAGAAGAAAUAUUAAAUAA